AGAAAUAAACUUUGAAGUAAAAUAAAAAUUCUGGGCCACUUCUCUUCUUCAUCGUCUUCCUCCACAGGAAACAAAUCUUCGGUGUCUGAAAUGAUGAGCAGAGUCCAAAAUCUUCCUCCAUGGAAUCUCUUCCUCUUUCCUCGGUCCUCAGCCCCAUCUCUUAACCCUCUGAGAAACCCUAAUUUCAGAAAACCUCGGUUCACCAUUUCCCUCAAUUCCCAAUUCUCCGACCAUUCCGACGCCGGCCUUCUUUUCCGGCAGAAGAUACUCUACCUCGAGAAUCACCUUAAUGUCGAUUUCCGGAAAGCAUUCCGUGAAAACCCCGAUUCUCGCUCCGCCACUCUCUCCGCCGUCAAGUCCGUUGAGGUUUGUCUCUCUUCCAUGGGACUCGAGCUCUCUGCAGUCGGACGCGUCCUCGACAUGUACCCUCAGCUUCUCACUUCAGACCCGGACUAUGAUCUUUAUCCUAUCUUCGAUUUCCUUCUCAAUGAGGUUCAAAUUCCAUUUCCCGACAUUCGGAAAUCCAUAGUUCGAUGUCCUAGACUUCUCGUCUCCGACUUGGACCUUCAAUUGCGACCUGCGUUGAAGUUCUUGCGCGACCUAGGAUUCGUUGGGUUGAAUGCCAUCACGUCCCAGACGACAUUGCUACUAGUCUCGAGCGUUGAACAUACGCUUCUACCCAAGAUUCAGUACCUAGAAAAUUUGGGCUUAUCGCACAAGGAUGUGGUUAAUAUGGUAUUAAGGUCUCCGGCGUUGUUGACUUAUAGCAUUCAAAACAAUUUGGUUCCUAAAGUGGAUUAUUUCUUAGGAGACAUGAAGGGUGAUUUAUCGGAAUUGAGAAGGUUUCCGCAAUAUUUUUCGUUUAGUUUGGAGAGAAAGAUUAAACCGCGCCAUCGUUUAUUAGUUGAGCAUGGAUUGUCACUUUCUUUGUCGAAAAUGCUGAAGGUUAGUGAUGGGGAGUUCACAGCAAGGCUGUUAGAAAUGCGUUUGCAGUCGUCGACGGCAGAUGGUUGAAGAACUGUGAUUGAAAUGAUCUUACAUCUCAAUCGACAGGAGCAGGCAUUGCACCAUGUUCAUCUGUUAAUGCAGGCCUUCACUAUUUAACUUGAUUGGAGUUAUUUACAAGAUUGUACCCAUCUUGAGAGAGAUCAUCAGUCAGAAUGUUUGCUGUUUGAACAGAGAAUACCCAAAAUACAAAGCCUCAGCACGUCCGCGAUUACCACCAUUUGUUGAUGCAAUGCAGUCCCUGACUACCGUAGUUGGUUGGUUUGAGAGACUUGCAAGGUUGGCCCCAUUGCAAAUCACAUCAUCACAUCUGAAAUAAAGAACAUGUCGUUGGAUUUGCUAAAGGCUCAAACUUUAAGGAAGAAAGGGACAGGUGAACCCCCAAAUCAAAUGAGAUGCAUCAAUGUCGCAGUUCAGAUUACAGGGUACGUUGUCCAUUACAUGGCAGAUUUUGAUGGGUACAGUUUGUGAGAGGGCCUAUCUCUUUCUCUGUUUCUCGGGACAGCAAAUGCAAAUUGGGGUCUGCAGUCGUCACCCUCUGGUCUCUUUUUUUCUCCCUACAAUCAAUUUGCUCAGACACAGAGAGAGAGGGGAUCCUGUCCCAUUCUUUAAUCAUUCACCCUCGAAGGAUGGGAUGAAUUUUGAUUUGAAAUUCAUGGUCUUCAUUUAAUUCUGUCUCUACACAGUAUUCAUACAUUAUGGAUCUGUUCUGGCUGCUUGUCUCUAACACAGAUCUGAUUCACAGGAGAACGAAUGUUCUGCAGAAGUUAAGUUGGUUACACUUAUAUUGUGCAUUUGAUAUCAUUAGCUUAGUUUAUACAUCAGGCGUUGAAAUGGAAGUGAUUUUGGUCUUGGGUAUUUGUUAUUUGUUUGUUUUCUGCAUUGAAGAGUACCCUUCGCCACUACCAUUAGUUUCCAUUCCGGAUCCUUCCAAGGGAGCAAACCCAACCGAAUCUCAUUUAUAUUGUGGGCCAUUUCCUUACCAAAUUCUUUAAUUACAGACUCAUUUUCAGGCUCAUAGCUACCCUUUGCUCCUCUGCUGGCCAUUUGGGGUUGAAGAAGGUUAGUAGGCACUGCCAUUUUGAUGGGGUUCCUCAUCUUUCUUUCUAGGAAGAAGCCAAAACAAAUGAGGCUUUUCUGUCAGCAUUACAUAAUGACAUAACCCAGUCUGAAUUGCUGUCAUAACUUGAUGACAUUAUUUGUAUGAUCUAAGUUGAUGAAAAUUCCAAAGUUUCUCCCCCUGGAAAGCCAUAAGAUUUGGCUGAUAGUUUUGGGUCUUGUUGUUCAUGAUGAAAGGGAGAGAAGAGAAUGAAGAGGACAGAGAGUUUGCACAAGUGUGUGAGAAGGGGAUCCUAAGUUUGCUUGUUCAGGUAAGCUGUCAAAAGUCACAAUAAUUCUGCUAUUAGGAAGCUGUCAGAGGGUCAGUUCUGUAGGGCAAGAAAGGCCGCACGUGGGAUUGGCAGAAGAACGAAACAAAUGCCAAAAACUUAACCUCCAAAGAAAUUUUAAGACCUUUUUUCGUUGUUUUUGGUGCAGAUCAGACCAGACCAGACCAGACCAGAAAGGAAGUAAGUUAACGAAGGGGGGAAAUUUAGGCGUUGAGCAAGACUGUUACACACAGUUUUACUUGUCAACAUUGCCUUCAUUUUCUGCUUCUUCCUACUGUUCUUUGUCUGACUACACACACUACACGAAAACAAACCUUUUCAAAUCAUUGUCACUUUUACUAAAUAUGUUCAUUGAUGAAUGCAAAUUACUGUGAUUAUCCCAUAAUACAGUUCAAACAGGCA